AUGGACAGGUUAAUAGACCUGAUGAACCACCCCUUCCUAUCCACAAACCUAGGAAGGGAUGUCGACGACGUUCCCAAAGCUGGGCUGGAUCCCAUUUACCCCUUGACCCUUUUCUUCGCCAUGGGUAUAUGGCUGGUCUACGAACGCUACCAGAAGCUACACAAUUCACCUCUGCAUUUCGAAAUAUCUCCACCAAUUGCGGCCGACCCAAGCUGGCAAUCCCUGCCAAUCGAAAACCCUUCAAUUCGUUCGCAUGAAACAAACCCAGAUAUUAUGCCACCUGUCGCUCUCCCAGGCAGAGAAUACAUCACUUGCUUCGACCCCGCCACAAGUCUCCACCUCGCCACUGUCCUCGCAGACGACGCCGAACUUAUCUCGGACAAGAUUGACAAGGCAGCUGACGCCCAGCGGACCUGGAAGCACACUUCGUUCACGGAGCGCCGGAGGGUCCUGAGAAGUUUGCUCAAGUGGCUUGUGGAUAACCAGGAGCUUUGUGCCAAGGUUGCAUGCAGGGAUACCGGAAAGACUUUGAUCGACGCGUCUCUGGGCGAGAUUCUGACGACCUGCUCAAAAUUGGAGUGGAUAUUGAACCAUGGAGAGGCGGCGCUGCGACCUGAAGCCCGAAGGUCCAACCUGAUGAUGUCCUACAAGCGGUCAGAGGUGCACUAUGAGCCGCUGGGUGUUGUCGCAGCCAUCGUGUCCUGGAACUAUCCUCUGCACAAUGCCUGGUCACCCAUUAUGGCUGCUAUCUUCGCCGGCAACGGUAUCGUCCUCAAGUGCUCUGAAAACGUCGUCUGGUCCACCAGCUGGUUCGUCGAAGCUAUUCAAGGAGCUCUCCGUGUCUGCGGUCACGACCCCGAACUUGUCCAACUUGUUUGCUGCUACCCCGACCAAGCCAACGCCCUCAUUCAGUCACCCAAGAUCAAGCAUAUCACGUUCAUUGGCUCUGAAACCGUUGGACGCAAGGUCGCUCAGGCUGCUACGAAACACUUGACCCCGGUUACUCUCGAGCUUGGUGGCAAGGACCCGGCUAUUAUCCUCCCUGGAACUGAUAUCCCCAGCAUUGCGUCUAUCCUCUUGCGUGGUGUUUAUCAAAACAUGGGUCAAAACUGCAUUGGUAUCGAGCGUAUCAUCGUCCACUCCUCGGUCUACGACGAACUCUGGGCCAUUUUCGAAGAAAAGGUUUCCCGGAUGCGUGUUGGAUCUGUGUUGGCUCAGACGAAUGAGGGAUAUAUCCCCACCGUUGACGGAGGUGCAAUGAUCAACCCUGACCGGUUCCGAGGCUUGGAGAAGGUGAUUCACGACGCCGAGGAAGGAGGUGCCCAGGUUAUUGGAGGAGAGCAAUAUAACCAUGUCUACCUUGAGAACGGAUAUUACUUCGCUCCUACGAUUGUUGGCCCUGUCGACAAGUCUAUGGAGAUUGCCAACCACGAGCUCUUCGCACCCAUCGCUUUGUUCAUGCCCUAUGACAAGAUUGAAGAGGCUAUCGAGAUCGCCAACGGCACCAAGUAUGGAUUGGGCGCUAGCGUUUGGGGACCCCACCAGGACGUUUGCCUCAAGGUCGCGAAGAAGCUCGAAUGUGGAAUGGUGUCCAUCAACGACUUUGGUGUCUUCUAUAUCAACCAAGAUUUGCCCUUCGGUGGUGUCAAGGCUAGCGGUUACGGACGAUUUGGUGGACCUGAGGGCCUUCGAUCCCUAACGAAUCCCAAGGCCAUCAUCACUGACCGCUGGUGGAUCCACACUUCUAUCCCCAAGGUCCUCGACUAUCCUCUUCGUUCACUGUCUACGAGCUGGGAAUUCUCCGCCGCCCUUGUCCGCUUCCUCUAUGGAUUCGGAUGGCGGACUCGGUUCGCAGGCCUCAUCACUGUCGCUCGAAACGCCAACAAGUAA